CUGUGCCCCAAUAACAGGGGAUCCCCGCCGCAACUGAGCUCUUGUGAUCACUUUCAUCUCGCUUCCUCCUCAGAUCGUCCCUCUCUUCUCGCUUUCUUCCUUCCAUCCUUGUUUCUCCUUCCUCCCGUCAAUGGCGUUCCCUUACCUAUACUACGUGCUGCUGCUGGCUCUCGGCGUGCCCCUACUUGCCAAAGAAGUUGUGUACGACUUUAAUGUCACCUGGGUCACGGCCAAUCCAGAUGGCUUGGCAGAUCGAAAGGUAGUGGGCAUCAACGGCCAAUGGCCACUGCCUGUCAUCGAGGUCGACAAGGGCGAUCAGUUGGUGGUGAAGAUGCACAAUGGCUUGGGGGACAAGAGCACCAGCAUUCACUUCCACGGCAUGUACCAGAACGGAACCAACCAAAUGGACGGGCCAGGCAUGGUCACCCAAUGCCCAGUGCCUCCCGGCUCAAGCAUCACAUACAACUUUACUGUCAACCAGAAUGGAACCUACUGGUACCAUUGCCACACAGACUACUGCUACCCCGACGGCUAUCGGCAGGCUCUUAUCGUCCACGACAACAGUUCGUACUUUGCCAAUCAGUACGAGGAGGAGUUGACUGUGACUCUGAGUGACUGGUAUCAUGAGCUAGCUGAAGACAUCAAGCCAGAGUUCAUGUCCCUUUACAACCCCACCGGAGCCGAGCCCAUUCCCAAUGCCUGGCUCUUCAACGACACCGUCGAUACCAGCAUCUCGGUCAGGCCCAAUACCACAUACCUCCUCCGGCUGGCCAAUAUCGCUGCUUUUACUGCACAAUACUUUUACAUCGAGGAUCAUACCUUGACGAUUGUUGAAAUCGAUGGUGUAUACACUGAGCCAACAGAGGCAGAUAUCCUCUACAUUGGUGUAGCGCAGCGCUAUUCUGUACUUCUCACCACCAAGAGCACGGCAGACAAAAACUACCCCAUUGUCACUGUUGUGGAUUCUACCCUGCUGGAUACUAUCACCCCGGACCUUCAGCUAAAUAGCACCAACUGGCUAGAGUAUGAUGCGGCACUUGCACAUCCGCAGGCGAACAUUACCGUCUCCGAAUCAGACGAGCUUGUCCCUUUUGACGAUGGCGCGCUCGUGCCCUACGACCACGAACCACUCUUGGAGUCCCCAGAUCUCAGCGUCAACGUGGCUGUCAUCAUGGAUAACCUUGACAACGGAGAGGGCUAUGCCUUUUUGAACAACAUCAGCUACACUGCCCCCAAGGUCCCGACAUUAUACACGGUCAUGUCAGCUGGUGGUCUGGCCACCGACCCAACUGUCUACGGCGACUUCACGCAUACGAGAGUCCUCGGCCACAAUGACGUUGUCGAAGUCAUUCUGAACAAUCAAGACUCCGGCUCCCACCCAUUCCACCUUCACGGUCACGUCUUCCAAGUCAUUGCACGAUACCCGCCCAUUGGGGCUGAUUUUUACAACUUCGCCGACGCAACCGACGCCAUCGCCUUUGACCCCGCCAACCACACCGCAUUCCCUGCGUACCCUCCGCGCCGCGACACCAUCGUCGUCCCGCCCAUGGGCUACGUCGUGCUCCGCUUCCGCGCCGACAAUCCGGGCGUGUGGCUCUUCCACUGCCACAUCGACUGGCACAUGAUGCAGGGGCUCGCCAUGACCUUCGUCGAAGCGCCGCUCCUCAUCCAGGACCAGCUAACGAUCCCGCAAGACCACAUUGACGCGUGCAAGGCGGCGGGUCUGGCGUAUGAGGGCAACGCCGCGGCCAACGUGGACGACUAUCUCGAUCUCCGGGGCCAGAACGUGCAGCCCGGCUGGAUCCCGGACGGGUUCACGGCGCGGGGGAUCGUCUCCAUGGUCUUUUCGGUGCUGAGUGCCUUCCUCGGUAUGGGUGCGAUUGUGCUCUACGGGCUGUCGGAUUUGAAGUUUGCUGGGAGGGCGAAUACUGCACAGGCUGAGCCUGCUGCUGCGCGGCAGGGGGCAGCAGAUGAGUAUCAAGACUAGUUAGAUAGAUCGAAAUUAGAGCCUCGUCUUUUGCAAGAUAGCAGCUGGCUUGCUUGUUUGACCUCUUUACGGAGUGCCGAUAAUAAAUCUAAGAUCUCUGACAAAGGUCCGUUACGAAAGCCGCGAUGUUCCAUUUAGAGAACCCGGUUUUCCAUAAAGCUGAGAAUUUACCAUGAGACACUUGGGCAGGUACCUAUGUACUGGCCACCAACUGACAACGAUGCCCGGCA